AUGCGGCGGUGUCGGGGCGCGGGGCUGGCGGCGCUGGCCGCGCUGCUGCUCGUGGCUUCAGGCAGAGCCCGGGUGCAGCAGGACCCAUUCCUAGAGACAACUGAAGGCACCGGCAUCAGAAUCAACUGCUCACACCCAAGUAUACAGAUGCUGGAAUUAAUAUAUUUCUACCGUCAGCUCCCGGACCAAAGCCUCGAAUUGCUCACAUACGCUGCUGGAACCUCCAAGGAUGUUCCGGCCAUUGCAGCAAAGCUGUCGGUGUCGGCAGAUCGGCGUUGGAGCGCGCUGUGGCUCGGGCGGCCCCGGCGCGGGGACGCGGCCGUGUAUUACUGCGCAAUUCUUAGCAGUAUGAAGACAGAUAAGCUUUCAUUUGGACCAGGGACCACUCUCACAGUUCUACCAAACAUUCCAAAAACUUCCGUUCCUCAAGUCAUUGUGAUGAAAUCAAAGAAACUGGAAGAAGGUGGCAGUCCUGGCAAAGCAGCUUGUUUGGCAAGGAAUAUUCAGACAAAGAGCAUCAGCUUGGAGAUGCCCUCUAAGGAGGUCGUGUAUGAACAGAGCACAUCCAUUUUGACACCAGAGGGGCUGUACAAUGCAAUUCAAGUGGUCAGUGUGACAAACGACACAGAGGUGACCUGCACGGCCAAAUUCGACAGCAGCACGAUGACAGCACAGCCAGAAGGGAAGGCUGGAGAACCAGUGGCAGGGCCCAGUGAGAGGGUUUGCAACAGCACAGAGCCCUCAGCACAAGAUGCUGAAGGGCAGAGAGUGAACAUGCUGUCCAUGGCUGUGCUGGGUUUGAGAGUCCUGCUGGCAAAGAGCAUCGCCAUCAACACCCUCAUGAGUAUCAAGCUGUUUCUUCUCUGAGCUCAACCCCUUUCCUGUCCACAGCCACCACAUCAAUCAUUCCAAAUCAAUUCUAAUUCGAUGUUCCUGUCCCUGUUCCAUUCCUGUAUCAGAGCUACAGAGUGAGCAUUGCUGUUGGACUGUGCCACACUUUGGUACAUUUGUAUUAAAGCUGCUUUUGCUG